AAAUGAUGGUUCAGCGACAACAUGGAGUCAGGUAACAACACACCUAGCCUGCACUGGGAAUUUUGUGAAAAAUAAGGUGGUGUUGACUGGCGAGAGACCCAGCAAUCGCUUCAACUCCGUUUUUUUUCCGGCCGUCGUAUCUACAAGGAAGCACGCCAGCCCGUCUGGGUUCGGAUCGAGCAAGGGAAGGAGAUGGGAUGGUGCGGGGGUGCGGCAGUGUGCUCCUGCCGGCAGAUAUAGCGCGCUGUGCCCAGGUGAUGAAGCCACCGAGAGGGUGAAGCCAAGCGAUGGAACCGGCCGAGGAGCAGCCGAAGGCGGCCAAAGCCGCCCUGAAGGCGAAGGUGUCCCGGUCCAAGCGGAGGAAGAGCCUGUCAGGCAGGCUGUUCAGGAGGAGAUCGCUGAGGUCGGUCGGCAGCUUUGUGAGGGGGGUCUUCAAAACUUUGUUCACUUUGGCACCUUUCGGAGAGGCGGCGCCCGCUGAGGGAGGAGGGGGAGAAGCAGAGGAGGAGGACGACGGGGGGUUCGGGAACGGCGCCGUCACUCUCGCCACCUGCAGCGAAGCGGGCAUCGAAGGGCAACAGGAGCCCGGCGCCGCCAGGACUCAGUCCCAGUCCGGGAAGGAGCGUGCGUCCUGGGGCCACGGCAAUAAACUCCCCGGCGUGUUGGGCUUGAAGAACCAUGGCAAUACCUGCUUCAUGAACGCCGUGGUGCAGUGCUUGAGCAACACCGAGCUGUUCGCCGAGUACCUGGGCUUGGAGCAGUAUCGCUCCGAGCUGAAGCAACUGCGAGCCAAUGGCACCCUGGGCAGCAGAGAGCCGGCGUGUCAGGACAGCGCCGAAGUGACCGAGCAGCUCGCAGUGCUGGUCCGGGCGCUCUGGACACUCGAGUACACGCCGCAGCUUUCAGUACAGUUCAAGAAUAUAGUUGCAAAAUAUGGAUCCCAAUUUCGUGGAAAUUCCCAGCAUGAUGCACUUGAGUUUCUUCUGUGGUUACUGAACAGAAUUCACGAAGACCUCAAUUGUUCACCCAACAAAAAGGCGAAGCCUUCUGUAAAGUCUUCCAUUGGUGAAAAUUCUACAGGAAGCUCCCAGCAGCCCAGAAUUCAGAGUUUUGUUCAAGAACUUUUCCAAGCACAGUACAGGUCAUCUUUAACCUGCCCUCACUGCCUUAAACAGAGCAACACCUUUGACCCCUUUUUGUGCAUCUCCUUGCCCAUCCCCCUACGCCAGACCAGGGCUUUGAAUGUCAUUUUGGUUUUCCACUCAAAGAAUCAAAGAUACCUAAGGAUAGGCUUGGCAAUCCCACUCCUUGGAACUGUUGCAGCACUUCGAAAAAUGGUGGCAGAUGAGGGAAAAGUGACUCCAGAUCAGGUAAUUUUAACAGAAGUUUACACAAACGGGUUUGAACGCUCCUUUUCGGAUGAGGAAGAUUUGAACACAGUUGGCGAAGGGGACAUUGUGUAUGCAUUUCAGGCUCCGUUCAUCCGAGGCAACUUUAGUGGCUCCACUCAACAUACAGGGCGCUACCAGAACUCAAGUGCAUCUUCCAAUAACUUUGAAGGAAAUCUAACAGAUUUUGUUCAACAUGGAGCUUCUGGACAAGUGCUUCUUCUCAUCUGCAACACAGCAGGAAAUAGCCAACAAGCAGUCAGGUUUGGUCCACCGUUUUUGUUACGGGAAGAUCGCUCAUUAACCUGGGAACAGCUACAUCAGUGCAUCCUCAACAAAAUGUACUAUCUGAUGAAAAAUGAGACACAUUCACAGAACUUCGGACACUCUUUCCGAAUACGAGUGGUUGGAGGAUUGACAACCAACUGUUACCUCUCUUCCCAAGAAAAUAGACCACUCUGCCAGCCAGCAGCUGACAGGGCAUUGCGUUCUUGUGGUCCAGGUGGGCCCCCGCAUAUAAAGCUUGUCCUAGAGUGGGACCAAAGGACAAAAGACAGCGUGUUUGGAAGUAUUCAGGAAGAAGUAAUCCAGGAUGCAGAGAGCGUUCGCAUCCAGCAGCAGGCACAUCAGCAGGCACACAGCUGUACAUUGGCUGAAUGCUUCGAACUUUAUACAAAGGAGGAACAACUGGCUCCAGAUGAUGCCUGGCGGUGCCCCCACUGCAAAAAUCUUCAGCAGGGAAUGGUUAAGCUUAAUCUAUGGACUUUGCCCGACAUUCUUAUAAUUCACCUGAAACGAUUUCGCCAGGUGGGAGAGAGAAGAACCAAGUUGUCCACCCUAGUGAAAUUUCCACUCAUUGGCAUUGACAUGGCACCACAUGUAGUGAAGAGAAAUCAGAGCACUAAAAACUUCUUAACCCAUUGGUCACCAUGGCGACGCCCACGUACUCCCUCUGGGAGUAAAGACGAAAGCUUUGUGUAUGACUUGUAUGCUGUGUGCAACCACCAUGGGAGCAUGCAAGGAGGUCACUAUACAGCAUUCUGCAGAAACUCUGUGGACGGGCAGUGGUAUGGUUAUGAUGACAGUAAUGUAGAAUUGAUUCCAGAAGAAGAGAUCUGCACACGUAGUGCCUACAUACUCUUUUACCAAAAAAGGAACACCAUUCCACCCUGGUCAGCCAACAGCUCUGUAACAGGUUCCACAAGUUCAUCAAUCUCCGAUCAUUGGCUUAACCGGCUAACUGGAGACAGCAAACGAGGGAGCCUAGUAUCUCGAGGGUCCACGAAUUGCACAUCCCUUCCUUCAUCUCCAGAAUCUCCUGUCUUCCCUGAUAAUCCGAUAAAGGAUAAAAAUGGAGGAUUUGAACUACGUCCUUUUGUACGUGGCAUUCAAGGAAGGAGCAUUAGUAUGAAAGGAUCAUCUUCUGCUGCUGCACCUAAAAAUGCAAUUCUUAAAAACACAACUCUACGUUGGUCACUGGGAUCCAAGGACAGACCAAAGUCAAUGCCUGGUGCCCUGGUUGAGUAUUUGGAAUCCGGCCGUAGACCCAGGUGCACAAAAGAGUCCAUUGUCCCAAUAAUGACAGGUUCUACUGACCUUGACUCUUUGCCAACCACAGACAAGCCAACACAGCUUAAUUCAGAUAGCUAUGUUGACAGUACAAAGCAGACAGGAAUGGGAUUGAGUGUAGAUUACUGCAUAAAUACUGCUGGAAACAGGGAUGGAAAUGCGCCCAUUGAGCGAACCUCCGACUCUUCAAACAACCUUCAGAGAAGCUGUAGCAAAGAGAAUUCCAUAGAUGAAAAGACGAGUACACUGAAGAGAAAUAGUAAACAAAGAGGCCCUGGAACCUUGCAAAGAAAAUCAUCGAAACUAACAGUUGAUAAAUCAGAAGGAUAUAAAGGUACACCACCUGUCAAAACAGAAGAACCUUUACAACCAAGAGAUGACAGAAUAAGUAAGAGUAUUAGUGGAUAUAGUAUUGGUUCUGUGAGCAGCUUGGCUCUAAGUGACACUUUGAAGAGAAGAAAAGGACAUCAUGGUGUUGAGAAGUUGGAAAAAUCUCCCUCCUUGAGGAGCACGGAUGUUGAACCAAUUUCAGCUUUGAUCUUUCAAGAAGCAGAGAAGGAUAGUAAAACUGAAGAAGCAAAGCUGAAUGAUCGAAAGUUUACAUUUUUGAAAACAAACUUUUUGAGGAAGGAUUCCAAAAAGCAAAGUGAAUUUGACAAAUGUCGGACUGUUGAAAAUAUCAGUGGAUCAUCUAGAAUAUCUCUCUCCAAUGGAGCAUUGAGUGGUAAGCAGAGGGCAGACUCUAUAAAUGAGUGCAGGGCAAAAUUAGAUGUAAAUGGAGCCAAAAACACUGCAAAAUAUAGAGAAGGAUUAAACAAUGGCAGACUUGGUAUUUCAGGACAAGAAAUUCGACGAUCACAGAGCUCAUCCAAUAUAGUGGUCAAAGAUGACUUGAUCUUGAAGAGAUCAACAUCACUUCAGAAGAAUGGACCAAUUUCUCACCAAGCUAGAAACCUGCAUAUGGAAAAGUAUGGUACAAUGCAGAGGAUGAGAUACAGUACUUCUUCACUCGGAAGGAAAAAACCUGUGCCUGAAUCAAGUUUUUAACAACUGUGGAUUGAAUGAACAUAUGAAGUGAUUGUAGUUUUAUAAUUAGCUGCACUAUUUUUCUGUUCCUUGUUUUACAUUCUUCAAUUAAUAUCCAAUAUUUGUAAGUAAUGUUUGAAAUUUUACACCUAUCUAAAGACAAAUGUAAGAUUAUAUAGAUUUGUUAACUUUCUGUGAUAUGAGCUCAGAUGUUUCCCUUUAAUAUAAUUGGCUUAUUUUAAUCAGAAUGCAAUAAGAUUUUAAUGUAGCUGAAACUCAGAUAAUAUUCAAAAUCUACAGCAAGCUUAUUAACAAAUUUUACUCACUAAUUUGUUAUAAAAGAAUACUUUUGUAAAAAAAAAAGUUUGUAUUGUAGAUACAUUUGAAUGGUGUAGGUAUAAACAAAACUAUCAAUAUUUACUGAAGAGGAAGUCUUUUUGCUGCCUAAAACUGAAUGUCAUCUGUUAACAUCUAUAAUGUAUUAAACCAUCUUUAUGUAAAGGAACAUGGCACAAAGUUUACUAUCGAUUAAACAUUAUCAGAGUA